GGCGUGGAACUUGGAGAGAUCAACUCAUGGUCCUAAGAAAAUAAUAGUAAAUAUUAAGUAAAAAAUCACUUAUUUUUUUAAAAUCUGAAAAAAAUUUAUGCUUCUCUCACUUCUGUAUCUGUAAUAAGGAAUUAAAGUAUAGAAACAAGAGAAAGUUAAUUAAUUGUAUAAAAAUAUUGUAAAAUAAAAAAUAAUAUAAAGAAAAAAGGAGGGAUGACAUAAUAAAGUAGAGCAGAUAUGCACUGGCCAGAAAGCAUUUUUCAGAAAUCCUUGCUUCAAACUGAUAGUACUUCCAAUUCUCUAGUUUCCAGAAAUUCUUUUCUCUCUUUCUUUCUUUAAUAAAAACAAACAUUUUUCAUGCUCCUCAGCUGACCUGACCCCCUAACUAAUUUACUUUCCAUGCCUCUGCUUUAUCUGUCUAUUUCUUUUUUAAUUUAAAAAGUAGAAUCUUAUUUUUAAAGUUUUUACCAGGGAGCGAGGUACAGUGUAAAAUUUUGAGUUAAAUUGUGUUGGAUUUUUUGGUUACAGAUGAAUCAGAUAGAUAGGGAUAGAAAGCAAAACAAAAGAAAAGAAAAGGGAGAGGUUCUUGUGAAAGAGGGGAUCUGAUCUUUCCUCCUCCUCCUUUGUAAUUCCAUCUUUUUGUUUUUGUAUUUUUUUUUCAUAAAUUUUGAGUGAAGAGAAAGAUAUAAAAAAAAAAAAAAACCCAAACGUAGAUCACUUAAAGUUGAUUAAGAAGCUUGUAAGCUUAUCUUUCUAAGCUAUUGCUUGCUUUCUGUCUUUCAUUUUUUGUUUGUUUUUGUCUGUAAAAAGCUUUCAAUUGAGUUUGUCGAUUUCCAUAAUCUUUGCUUCCCAUUACUUUUUUUUCUUAGAUAAUAGAAAGGUAAAACAAAUUAAAAUCUAGAUACGAAGAAGAAGAGAAGAAGGGAACUAAAUGAGAGCAGGAUUAAGCACGAUCCAGCAGACCCUGACGCCGGAGGCGGCCAGCGUGUUGAACCAUUCGAUAGCGGAAGCAAGCCGUAGGAAUCAUGGCCAAACGACGCCGCUCCAUGUGGCGGCAACGCUGCUUGCAUCUCCCACCGGAUUCCUUCGCCAAGCAUGUAUCAAAUCGCACCCCAAUUCUUCUCAUCCGUUACAGUGUCGAGCUUUGGAACUUUGCUUCAGCGUCGCGCUGGAUCGUCUCCCCACUGCUCAAAACGUCAAUAGUGGCAGCCCCGGACACGACCCACCAAUUUCUAAUGCCUUGAUGGCUGCUCUUAAACGUGCUCAAGCCCAUCAACGCCGAGGAUGUCCCGAGCAACAACAGCAACCGCUUUUGGCUGUUAAAGUGGAAUUGGAACAGUUAAUUAUAUCGAUUCUUGAUGAUCCUAGUGUUAGUAGAGUCAUGCGUGAAGCUAGCUUUUCAAGUCCAGCAGUUAAAGCAACCAUUGAACAAUCAUUGAACACAACGAGUUCAAACUCAGCAAACACGGCUGGUCCAAUCGGAUUGGGAUUCAGACCGGUAGUAGCUGCUGCUUCCGCCGUUGCUGUGCCUUCAGCCAAUCGGAAUUUGUAUUUAAAUCCGAGAUUACAGCAAGGGGCAGCAGGGCAGACUGGGCAGCAAAGGAGUGAAGAAGUGAAAAAGGUGAUUGAUAUUUUGAUGAGGACUAAGAAGAGGAACCCGGUUUUGGUGGGUGAAUCAGAGACAGAAUUGGUGGUUAAGGAGAUUUUGAAGAGGAUUGAGAACAAGGAAAUUGAUGGGGUUUUGAGAAAUGUUGAGGUGCUUCAUGUGGAGAAAGAUUUCGCAUUGGAUAAAACCCAAAUGGUUGCAAAAAUUAAGGAGUUGGGUACUCAAGUUGGAGCAAAGAUUGGGAAUUUGGAUUGUGGAGGGGUGAUUCUUGAUUUGGGUGACUUCAAAUGGUUAGUGGAGAAUAAUCAGCAGCUGGGUCUUGCUGAUGGGGUUCAACAGCAGCAGCAGCAGCAGCGUGAUGCGGUGGCAGAGAUGGGGAAAUUGUUGGGGAGGUUUGGAGAAGGAAGUGGUAGUAUAUGGUUGAUUGGAACUGCUACUUGUGAAACUUAUCUGAGAUGUCAAGUUUAUCAUCCUUCAAUGGAGAAUGAUUGGGAUCUGCAGGCAGUUCCCAUUGCUGCUAGAGCACCCUUACCGGCAAUGUUUCAAAGGCUUGGGAGCAAUGGGAUACUUAGCAGCUCUGUUGAGUCCCUUUCCCCAUUGAGGGGGUUUGCAACUACAGCUGCUCAACCUAGGCAACUCUCUGAGAACUUGGACCCUGCUCGAAAAACAGGCUGUUGCCCACUGUGCAUGCAGAAUUGUGAACAAGAGCUGGCAAAACUUUUAGCGGCCAAGGAGUUUGAGAAACCCUCCUCUGAUAUUAAAUCAGAAUCAACUAGGCCUGCAUUGCCACAGUGGUUGCAGAAUGCUAAGGCUCAUGAUGGUGAUAUCAAAACAGUAGAUCAGAUGCAGACUAAGGAUCAAGAGAUGAUCUGGAAGCAGAAGACUCAAGAAUUGCAGAAGAAAUGGAAUGAUACAUGCUUGCGUCUCCAUCCUAAUAUUCAUCAGCCAUGUCUAGGCUCUGAGAGAUUCGCAUCUACAGCUCUCUCAAUGACGAGCUUGUACAAUUCAAGUCUGCUGGGACGCCAACCAUUCCUGCCCAAAUUACCAUUGAACAGGAACAUUGGGGAGUCACUGCAACUGAACCCAAAUCUAGUAGCUAGCCAACCGAUCGAACGGACAAGUAGCCCACCAGGAAGUCCUGUAAGGACAGACCUUGUUCUUGGGCGACCGAAGAUCACUGAGACCACACCAGACAGAACCCAUAAAGAGCGGGUGAGGAGCUUUUUGGGUUGCAUACCUUCUGAACCACAGAACAAAUUCCAUGAUAUUUCAAGCGACAAAUUUUUAAACACAUCAGAUGCUGACUCAUUCAAGAAACUCCUUAAAGGUCUAACAGAGAAGGUGUGGUGGCAGCGGGAUGCAGCAUCUGCGGUGGUUACAACAGUGACACUGUGUAAAUCAGGCAAUGGAAAACGGCGGGGUGGUGGAUCAAAGGGUGACAUUUGGUUAUUGUUUACUGGCCCUGACAGGGUUGGCAAGAAGAAGAUGGCAUUGGCCCUUUCAGAUCAGGUAUGUGGGGCUCAUCCAGUAGUGAUAUGUCUUGGUUCAAGACGUGAUGAUGGGGAAUCUAGUGUGAGUUUCCGUGGUAAAACAGUUGUGGAUAGAAUAGCAGAGGCAGUUAGGAGGAACCCUUUCUCGUUAGUAAUGCUUGAAGAUAUUGAUGAAGCAGAUAUGCUAGUUAGAGGCAGCAUAAAGCGAGCAAUGGAGAGAGGUAGACUUGCUGAUUCUCAUGGUCGUGAGAUCAGUCUAGGAAAUGUUAUUUUUAUUCUCACUGCAAAUUGGUUGCCAGAGAAUCUUAAAUUCUUAUCAAAUGGUAUCUUCCUGGAUGAAAAGAAGCUGGCCAGUUUAGCAAGUGGAGGUUGGCAAUUAAGGUUAUCCCUUUCUGAGAAAACUGCUAAGCGCCGAGCCAGUUGGCUACACGAGCAAGACAGAGCAACAAAACCAAGGAAGGAAACUGGUUCACCACUAUCGUUUGAUCUUAAUGAGGCUGCUGAUGUGGAGGAUGAUAAAGCUGAUGGAUCACAUAAUUCCAGCGAUCUCACAGUUGAUCAUGAAGAAGAACAAGGCCUCACUAAUAGGCUGUUAUCCAACUCAACAUCAUCGGUAUCUCGUGAGCUGCUCAAUUCUGUUGAUGAUGCCAUUAUAUUUAAACCAGUUGAUUUCGGUCCCAUUAGACGCAAUAUAGCAAACUCCAUAACAAAAAAGUUUUCCAGCAUUAUUGGCGACAGGGUAACGCUGGAGAUCCCUGACGAAGCUCUGGAUAAGAUUACAAGUGGGGUAUGGAUAGGCCAAACUGGAUUAGAAGAAUGGACAGAGAAAGCAAUGGUUCCAAGCUUACAGCAGCUCAAAACACGAUUGCCCACGUCAGACGAGUCUCUAGUAGUUCGACUUGAACUCGACGGUGAAUCCUGUAACCGAAGCCAUGGAGAUUGGCUGCCCAGUAGUGUGAAGGUGGUUGUUGAUGGGUUCUGAUAGUGAGGAUGAUUAACAUUUAGCAGUUCCUGGCUCAACAAUCAGUUGAUACACUUGGGUUCUGGUAGCAAUCAAUGUAAGAGGAUACCAUUGGUAUUUCCUACAUAUGUAAAUAUACUCAACUGUUUUUGGCAGGCAGUGAAGACGGUUGCGGGAGAUAAAGAGUAAAAACAGUUAGAAGAGGGAGACGUUGAUAGAUUAACCGUACCUUUUUAUUAUUUGAUUUCUUCAGCCUUUUUCCUUUUUUUUUUUUCUUGUUAAAAGAAUUUUAUAUAGUAUGCUAUUUUAUUAUUAUAGAUAUCAUUAAUAAAAGAUGAGGCAUUCCUCUUUUUCCCCGUGUCACCUCUCAUUUUUCUGC